AUGUCCCUGUUCCAGGCGUGCGGAAACGGCAGUACGAGCGAGAUGACCGCGAGGGGAUCAGGUUCCGGAGUGGCACAUGACAUGAACGAAGUAAGGAAAGCGGGGGAGAUGUUCGAGCAGGCUGCUCAAGACAAAUCGCUCUCCUCGGAGCACUUUCUCGGCCUCACUCAGGCAAUCGCCCGUGCUGAGAAAGGGCUUCCUAUCGUGGCUGCCUCGGAACCGGACAUGCGACAGGGAGUAGACAUCGUUGAAAAACUCGGAGCUCUCGUAAAACGACAAGGAACCAUGAGCGAGGACUCUCUGUAUUCCGACCCGCAAACGAUGGUGGAGUUACAAGCGCUGUUGCCUGGGCUGGCGGAUAUGGAGCUUCGAGAGUUCUUGCGAGAGUUCCUUCAUGGGCUAAACCGUCACAGGGCCCGUCCAGGCGACAAGCUACCGACCGCUCCACGUGCGGGUGGACCUCCGUCCGGAACGACAGCGUGCUUUCAACCGAAGUCAGCGACAGCGGCGGGGAAGCGCCCGGCUCAGUGGGAAAAUGCAGGAAACGUACCGAGGGCUGGCACCAAGUCGGGUGUGGGGCACGAUGUGUGGUUGAAGGUUCCCGUUUCUCCCGCGGGUCUCUGUUCUGCGGAUCGCGAGGCGCUGAUGGCCUUAUUUCGCUCGACUGCCGGGGCUAGUUGGAAUAGAAACAAAAACUGGAACAUGGCUGCCGAGCUUUCCACAUGGUGCGGGGUCGAAGUCAACGCCGAUGAGCGCGUGGUGGGUCUGCGCUUGAGAGAGAAUAACCUCCAAGGCAAAAUCCCGGCGGAGCUAGGACAGCUCGUCAAGCUGAAAGAGCUCAACCUCGACCAAAACAAACUCAGCGGCGAAAUCCCGGCGUCGCUAGGACAGCUCGUCAAGCUGGAAACGCUCGGCCUCUACAGAAACAAACUCAGCGGUUCCAUCCCGCCGCAGCUUGGGGAGCUCGCCGCACUGCAGUACCUCAGCCUCUCGGAGAACCAGCUAACCGGCCCCAUCCCAUCCGAGCUGGGGCACCUUUCAGCACUGCAGGGGCUUAACCUUUCCGGCAACCAACUGAGCGGCACUAUCCCGCAGGUGCUGGGAAUGCUCACGGCCCUGCAAUGGCUGUUGCUCAGCGAGAAUCAGCUGAGCGGCCACAUCCCGCGGCAGUUAGGAGAUCUUGGCGCCCUCAAGACCCUCGACCUCGGAUUCAACAAGCUAGAGGGCGAGAUUCAAGCAAUCCGGCGUGACGUGUGCAAGCCGAACAUAUCGGAAACACUUACCGCUCAGUUUGUUUUGGUCGAGGUUGAGCUCUUUCAGCUUGACGAGCUGUCCUAG